CGCGGGCGGCAGCCGGGAUCCUGCCGUCGCCGCCGGGCGCCGCCUUUGUUCCGCGGGAGAAGCCGAGCUGGGGUCCGGCGGCUGCACCAUGGCACCCAGGAGGACCGCGCAGGGCCGGCGCCCGCGGUGGCUGCUCUCCAUCCUCUCCUCCGCGCUGCUCUCCGCUGUCCUGCAGACGCGCGCAGCGACAGGGUCAGCCUCCCAGGACCAUCUGGACCUCACAGAGCUCAUCGGUGUUCCAUUACCCUCCUCCGUGUCCUUUGUCACCGGCUACGGUGGUUUCCCGGCUUACAGCUUUGGGCCUGGUGCCAAUGUUGGCCGCCCAGCCAGGACCCUCAUCCCACCUACCUUCUUCAGGGACUUCGCCAUCGGUGUGGCAGUGAAGCCUAGCAGUGCCCAGGGAGGCGUGCUCUUCGCAAUUACUGACGCUUUCCAGAAAGUCAUCUACCUGGGCCUGCGUCUUUCCGGUGUGGAGGAUGGCCACCAGCGGGUCAUCCUGUACUACACGGAACCAGGCUCCCACGUGUCCCGUGAAGCUGCAGCCUUUUCAGUGCCCGUGAUGACCAACAGGUGGAAUCGUUUUGCUGUGACUGUCCAGGGCGAGGAAGUGGCCCUUCUCGUGGACUGUGAGGAACACAGCCACGUCCUUUUCCAGCGAUCUUCCCGGCCUCUGACUUUCGAGCCCAGUGCCGGGAUCUUUGUGGGCAAUGCAGGAGCCACGGGGCUGGAGAGAUUUACGGGCUCCAUACAGCAGCUUACCAUCUAUACUGACCCCAGGACCCCUGAGGAGCUGUGUGAAGCCCAAGAGUCCUCGGCAUCUGGAGAAGCCAGUGGGCUUCAGGAGAUGGAUGAAGUCGCUGAGAUCAUGGAAGCUGUCACCUACACUCAAGCCCCGCCUAAAGAAGCACACGUUGAUCCCAUAAGCAUGCCUCCUACUUCAUCCUCUCCUGCUGAGGACAUGGAGCUUUCUGGUGAACCUGUGCCAGAAGGAACCUCAGAAACCAACUUGAGCAUCACUGGGCAUAGCAGCCCUGAGCAAGGGUCUGGCGAGAUUCUGAAUGACACACUGGAGGUCCAUGCUGUGGAUGGGGAUGCCAGUGGUUCAGGGGAUGGGGCCUUGUUGAAUGUCACUGACGGUCAGGUGUUAUCAGCAACAGCAACUGAGGAGGCCAAGGUGCCUGUCACUGCUACCCUGGAAGCAGAGAUUGGCAGUGUGCCUACUGGGAGCCCCACCCUAGCCAUGUCUACCCAGAACUCCAGGGAAGUGGGCACUCCAGAUCCAGAGAAUGAAGAAAAUCUAGCAACAGCAGCCUCAGGAGAUGGCGAGGUGCCCACCGGCACUGCUGGGGAUGCAGAGGCUGGCACCAUGCCUACUGCAGGGCCAACCCUAUCCAUGCUUACCCAGAAGCCAAGAGAAGAGGCCACUCUGGGUCCAAACGGUGAAGAAUGGCUAACCCCAGCUGUGUCCAAAGUGCCCCUCAGUGCUUUUGAGGAAGAGGAAGCCAGCGGGACUGCCACCGACAGCCUGGAUGCCUUCACACCCACAGUGGUCCUUGAGCAAGCCAGUGAGGCCCCUACAGACAUCCAGAAUGUUCUCACACCUACAGUGGUCCUUGAGCAAGCCAGCGAGGCCCCUACAGACAUCCAGAAUGUUCUCACACCCACAGUGGUCCUCAAGCAAGCCAGCAGGAGUCCAACAGACAUCCAAGCCACUCUCACACCCACAGUGGCCCCUGAGCAAGCGUUUACUUCUGCACCUGCUGAUGGAGAAGACUUGGUGGCUGCCACAGAGGAAGCUGAAGAGGAGGGGUCUGGCCGCACACCCCCCAGUGGGCCUCCACUCCCCACACCUACAGUGAUUCUCGAGAGGCAGGUCACUCUGGUAGGAGUGGAGGUCGAGGGCUCUGGCCCUGUUUGGCCCUUGGAUGUGGGCUCAGGUUCUGGAGACAUUGUGGGCAAUGAGGAUCUGUUGAGAGGUCCUCCGGGCCCCCCAGGCCCACCUGGAUCACCUGGGAUUCCAGGAAAACCAGGAACUGAUGUUUUCAUGGGAUCCCCUGGCUCUCCGGGAGAGGAUGGACCCACAGGGGAGCCAGGACCUCCGGGCCCCGAGGGACAGCCUGGACUCGAUGGAGCCUCUGGCAAGCCUGGGAUGAAAGGAGAGAAGGGAGCAAGAGGACCUAAUGGCUCUGUCGGCGAGAAGGGAGACCCUGGCAACCGAGGCUUACCAGGGCCCCCAGGGAAAAAUGGACAAGUUGGUACUCCUGGGGUUAUGGGACCACCAGGGCCUCCAGGACCCCCUGGGCCCCCAGGUCCUGGAUGUACAACAGAACUCGGAUUUGAGGACAUCGAAGGUUCGGGGGACAGCCAGCUGCUGAGCAAACCGAGAAUCUCGGGGACCUCCUCUCCAAGUGGUCCCAAAGGAGAAAAAGGAGAGCAAGGACCCAAGGGCGAACGGGGAAUGGACGGAACGAGCACUGUGGGGCCCCCUGGGCCCAGGGGGCCACCUGGGCGUGUCGAGGUCCUGUCCAGUUCUUUGUUCAACGUCACUAAUGGAUUCAUGAAUUUCUCGGACAUUCCUGAGCUUGUGGGACCUCCGGGGCCGGAUGGUAUCCCCGGGCUACCAGGAUUUCCAGGCCCUAGAGGACCAAAAGGUGACACCGGUGUGCCUGGAUUCCCAGGUCUAAAAGGAGAACAGGGCGAGAAGGGCGAGCCAGGCGCUAUCCUGACAGGGGACAUUCCUCUGGAAAUGGUGAAGGGGAGAAAGGGUGAACCUGGAAUGCAUGGAGCCCCAGGACCCAUGGGACCCAAAGGACCACCAGGACACAAAGGAGAAUUUGGCCUCCCGGGACGACCUGGUCGCCCAGGAUUGAAUGGUCUCAAGGGUGCCAAAGGAGAUCGAGGGAUCAUGAUGCCGGGUCCACCUGGCCUACCUGGACCCCCAGGACCCCCAGGACCCCCUGGAGCUGUGGUUAACAUCAAAGGUGCUGUUUUCCCAAUACCUGCCCGGCCACACUGCAAAACGCCAGUUGGUACUGCUCACCCUGGCGACCCAGAGCUUGUCACUUUCCACGGUGUGAAAGGAGAGAAAGGGUCCUGGGGUCUUCCUGGUUCGAAAGGAGAAAAGGGGGACCAAGGAGCCCAAGGACCACCAGGUCCUCCAGUUGAUCCAGCUUACCUGAGGCAUUUUCUCAACAGCUUGAAGGGGGAGAAUGGAGAUGCAGCCUUCAGAGGAGAGUCCAGCAACAACCUCUUUGUAUCUGGGCCUCCAGGCCAACCAGGACAUCCAGGCCUGGUUGGACAGAAAGGAGAGGCUGUCGUGGGGCCCCAGGGACCCCCAGGAGUUCCAGGCCUGCCUGGGCCACCUGGCUUUGGGAGACCUGGUGUCCCUGGACCACCGGGACCCCCUGGGCCACCAGGACCUCCUGCCAUCCUGGGUGCAGCCGUGGCUCUUCCAGGCCCACCUGGCCCUCCAGGACAGCCAGGACUCCCGGGAUCCAGAAACUUGGUCACAGCACUCAGCGACAUGGGUGACAUGCUGCAGAAAGCACACUUGGUCAUAGAAGGAACGUUCAUCUACCUGAGGGACAGUGGAGAGUUCUUCAUUCGUGUCCGAGAUGGUUGGAAAAAAUUACAGUUGGGAGAACUGAUCCCCAUUCCUGCUGACAGCCCCCCACCACCAGCGCUCUCCAGCAAUCCAUACCAGCCACAGCCUCCACUGAACCCCGUUUUAAGUGCCAAUUAUGAGAGGCCUGUCCUGCAUCUGGUUGCUCUGAACACGCCGGUGGCCGGGGACAUCCGAGCAGACUUCCAGUGUUUCCAGCAGGCCAGGGCUGCAGGACUGCUGUCCACCUUCCGAGCUUUCCUGUCAUCCCACUUACAGGAUCUCUCCACAGUUGUGAGGAAAGCAGAGAGAUUCAGCCUUCCCAUUGUGAACCUCAAGGGCCAAGUUCUUUUUAACAAUUGGGACUCAAUAUUUUCUGGUGACGGAGGUCAGUUCAACACACACGUUCCGAUAUACUCCUUUGAUGGUCGAGACGUGAUGACCGAUCCUUCCUGGCCCCAGAAAGUCAUUUGGCAUGGAUCCAACCCCCAUGGUGUCCGUCUUGUGGAUAAGUACUGUGAAGCCUGGCGAACCACGGACAUGGCAGUAACGGGAUUUGCCUCGCCACUGAGCACAGGGAAGAUUCUGGACCAGAAAGCUUAUAGCUGUGCUAAUAGGCUAAUCGUCCUGUGUAUUGAAAACAGUUUCAUGACAGACGCUAGGAAGUAAUAGCCUUCCCAUGAGUCUCAAAGAGUUUUCUAAUUUUUCUUAUGUGAAGAGUUGACACUGAAGUCUAAAAUGUUGUAAAUAUUGUAAGUUUUUUUAUAUUACACAUUUGUCAAAAGAGAAACCAAAGAAAACAUACCUCAGUAUACUCAAAAGGAAAGACACAAGGGACUCAGAUCCAAGUCAAAUCCAAUCCACAUAUUGGUGCUAGAUUCUGCAGGAAGCCCCAGCAGUAUGAACACAUCCUGACACAGAGUAGGGCAAUCUGAAAACAGAGGCCAGAGUGACUGAUUGCCCAGUGCAUUCUUCAGAAAGAAUUCCUUCCUUCCAACCAUGACUAUUGAGUGUAAGAUGUCCUUCAUGUUUGCUUACAAGGUCAGCUUUUAGACACAUAGCCCCUUCCUAAGUGCUUGGUGAUUCCAUAUACAUGCAUCCGUCCAGAGAAAGGGAACCACUCGGAAGAUCCCAUUCAUAUUCUUCUAUCAGGCUUUAAUAUGGUUCCCCUUUAAAACACUAUUGCCAUCAUGCUGUAGAGUUUUGCAUGUUUACCCAAUCAUAGUUGAGCGUGGCAUCUGUUUAUGUAGUUCUGGCUUGCUGGGAAAGUUGAGACUCCAGGAAAGAAACAGCACAUAAUCAUUACCUUUCUUUCCCUUGCUAGUCCUCCUUCCCAUCCCCCACCCCGAUUUUACCAUUUCCAUUUGGCAAGUCUUGAAUUACGAUUGCAGCUGAAACAGAUGCGUUGAGAUGAGUUUUCUGAAAAGUCUGUAUCAUUGUGCUAUAGGCUUUGCUAUCUUUUUCCAUGUAAGAACAUAAAGACAUCUUUUCCAGA